CGCGUCGGAGCCGUUCAGGAAACGCGUCCCAGCUGUGACCUGCUCGCCUGUUUGCUGCAGUAAAAUGGACUUGUAGCGGCAAAGAAGAGUCAUGUUUAACAUAAAGGCGUUGCGGAGAAACAAAACAGUCAAAUAUGGAGUCCCCAUGCUCCUGCUGGUAGUUGGAGGUUCCUUCGGCCUGCGAGAGUUUGCACAAAUCCGAUAUGAUUCCCUGAAGAUCAAAAGAAAGCUGGAUCCUUCGCUGGAGGCCAAAGUGAACAUUGAGAGGCAGCCAGUCAUACUGGAGGAGGAGUACGAGAGGAUAAAGGACUUGAAAUUGGACGAGUGGAAGAACAUCCGUGGUCCUCGUCCUUGGGAGGACUCCAAAGAGUAUCAGGACCAACAGCGGUCCAAUCAGAACAAAAGACACUGAGGCUCAGGGACGCCAGGCUGAAUGGACUGCACACACACUGCAGCAGGACGGACCAGACAAGAAUGGAGGGAGUCUGUGUCGAAGACGCCACAGAGACCAAAUUAUCCCAGACACUGCAACUUCACAACACAAGCUCAGCUUGGUCUUGGCUCUUUGGAGUUGUGCAUUGUUGCGGUCUUGCUCAGGGCUUGAAAUAAGUUCAUGGUGGGCCUUAAAUUUAGAGAAAUAUGCUUAAACACUUGUGCUUCAUACACAGAAGUAUAAAUCAAUCACCUGUUGGAUAAUUAUUCUCCAGUCUGAUCAGGAGUUUCUAACAAAAACAACCAGUAGGUGGCACAUCUGUGUCCUGCUGCUCCACAGCCUCCACGCAGGAACCAAGGAGGGAAAUAUAUAUCAGUGUGUGAUUUCCAUGUCUCAAUAAAUUAUUGCCAUUGA